UAUUUGGGCAAGACUUGGCAGUCAAAUGUAAAUUGCCUUCAAAUUCAUGCAUUAUCUGCUUGCAAAGGUAUCUAUCUAGGUAGGGAGAUGUUCGGGACGAUUGUUUAAUUGUUUUCUUAGUGUUUUCUUUCGAUGUUACGAACCUUAGAAUGCAGUUGCUUCUAUUUGCAUUUUUGACUGACAGAAUGCGUGCUACGUGAUCAUGCGAGGGCUCACUCUCCACCAAUAUCGUAGCCUGUGCCAGGCUCUCAGAUAGUAUAGUGGGAACGUAUUAAGACGAGCAAAGCGAAAAUAAGACGCGCACGACUUGGGAAAGAGGACCAUCUCGGAGCCUGGAACAGGUUACCAAUAUCGGUAAGUCAACAGUUUUUCAUAAUAGUGACCUAGCUAUAGCAGGACAGGAAGCAUAGCUCCGCCAAUCUACUGCAACAUGAACAAAAAUCAAGUGAGGGAGGGGAGGUUGAGUAAGAGCAAUUUCCUUCAGGGCACGAUAGAUUUUAGAUUUUACAACUACAUCCGUUCACCAUUUUCACCAAAACUGUCGAUAAGCUGUCAAAUUUAGAGAGGUUCGUGUUACUGAUGUCGUAAAGCCAAGCCUUUUUCAUUUGUUGUGUAUCGAUUUCUCAUUUGCAUUAUUAAAAGAAUUUGUCUAUUGUUUCCAUCAAACAUUAAACAUAUUCUUCUUAAUCUCAUAAUCUUGAAAAAGAAAAGCCUUAGAGCUAGGAUUUUACUCCCAAAUUCAUUUUAACAUUUCAAAUCGCUAUUAAAGGGAAUUAAUUUCUGACUAAUUAGGCUGCUGGUGAUAUGAUACAAAAACUUACUUGGCUACAUUUUAUAGGAUGUGUUGGGUAUAUAUAUUUUAUAGGCACUAUUAACUAGUGAAAGUGUUUACCCAGUCAGAAAUCAAGAUUUCUUGGCCGGCCGGUUUACAAAAGCCAGGACAUGUUAACGCGUCUGCUCUCGUAGGUAUUACGAUUUGCCGUGUUAAGGCUAAAAAAUUUGCCUGGUCUAACACCCCCUACAAAUGAACCGUGAGUUGCAACGUUUUCGUUGCAUCAAGCCGCCAUUUGCACAUUGUACAAUCGGGUCCACUUUACUCGGCGCUUGUGUGGGAGGUAGACGUCUCCUCGAGACAUAUUCAAUUUCCGGGUGUUAUUAGGCGUGGACCGAAUGGCGUUUCGUGCAACUUUGCAACGAAGAAUCAAAACAGACUGAGAGACAAAAUGCAAGGAAAGUUGUCUUGUGUGAUAAGACCUUUACCGACAGUGCUGUUUUGUUCCCUUCUCAACAACGAUGAAAUGACAAGAGAGGUUUGAGGGGGAUCAAUAUCAACCUGCCUGGUAAUGAAAAACAUUUGCUUUCAUUGAUGUGAUUGGUUCUUGUAAUUUGUCGUAACUGUUCAUUCAAACAGCAUAGUUGUUUUUCUUGUUAAUCCCAGUUCUUGUUGUUCAUUUUCAUUGGUAGAUAAGAUUACUUUAAAAACAAAGUUGUUUUUCUGCAAAAUAAAUGGAUUCUUAUUGGCUAGUACUUCAUAGAACAUAGUGUCGCGGCCCUGAAACUUUUGUUUUCUGAAAAACAACAUUCAUAAGCUACAACUUUUCACCUCGGUAGCAGUGAUGUAGGUUGAUUAAGUAGAUCAAUGAGGUAAGUAAAAUGAUUUGAAAAUAUCAUUUUGUCAUCAGAUUUACAUUUGUUAUUUAAAGGUUUAUAGGUAGCUUGAAAAUAUUAGUCACAAACGAUGUAAAUAAUCCAGACUGUAAUAACAGCGAUGGAGAAAAACAACACGCCGAAAACAACUUAAAAUCUCUUAUAGAAAAAUCGUUCACAUCAUGUCGCUGAAAAUGUAUUAAAAGCUUAGAUGAGAGAAGCAGAUGGGUAACCAUUACCAUUUUACGACCAGCCAUUUUCUGUUGUUUUUUUUUUCUCUUUUGUUUAAAAUCAAAGUAAGUUCAUUAAAUUGUCAUGUUUGCGUAUUACCAUUUCAAAGUUUUUGUUCAUGUUUUCAAUUGGCAGCAAUGAACGCAAACACGGUUGCUUCAAGAUCUAUCGAAAAGUGAAAUCUCCAUUUUUGUUUGCGUUAUCUCUUGAAAACAUAUCAAAAUUGGCAGGACAACCAAACACUAAAAUGAAAUUUUCCUUGGAAAAGUCCUGCGACCCAGACACUCCCUGUCGCAGUAUAUUCAAAAUAAGACGAAAUUAAAAUCACAAUAAACAAUUUCCUUUGAAAAUGAGAAGUAAGUUGGCAUCUUGACCGGGCAACUUUUUCAUUACAGUUUUUUUUUGGAUGAACUCAAAGUUUAGCGUUAUUUACUGAGUAUGAUCAUGUAUCCGGCUUGAAAAAUGUGGUAAUUGGAUGGGCAAGUAUACAAUCUUUGUGGAAAAAAUUUACAGUUGUCCAUGAUGAAAACCUUUUCCAUUCUUUCAACGGAAGAGAACGAAAGCGAUGAACGGUAAGUACACAAAGCACUUACACCAAGCCGAAAAACUUUCUGACAACAUAUGGAGAUGAUUUACAAUUAACGCUUUCCGUUUACGAUCUUUUUAAAUGGUGUAAGCUUUUUCACAGCCUACAAUACAUUUCGUAGAAACAUGUGUCAAUUUUCUCAGAUUUUUUUUGUAGGGGCGUAAGUUUCUAUUUAACCGGGAUUGACAGUCGGAAAUACGCCACUGUUCGCAAGCUGCUUUAUUCGACUGGCAAAAGUCAAACGAUUUGAAUUUUCUACAGAUAUUUUUUCUAAGGGAUAUUCAAUUCAGUUACAAAGAAUAUGCGCUUAUGUUGUUAAAAAUACGAACAUUACUAAACCUUUCGUCCCGAUUAUUCGUCUGAGAUUUCUUGACAUACCCUUGGUGCCAGAGGCUUUUCAUGCGCGGUUUCCGGUUUCGGUCAAGUCUUAAAAAGUGACCCGCGCGAAACAAAGCGCCAUCCCUUUGAUAGCGCCGAGCCAAUUACAACCCCGCUUAUACCAAAACAUCCAGAAUCUGGAUGUUCUGCUGAUUGGUUCCUUGGAGAUGUCGAAUGUUUCAAAUGUUCUGAUUGGAUUACAAUCACAAUAGGCGCAUGAUGGGGACGCGGGUGGUUUGAAGGUGACGAAGAUCAAAUUCCAAACAAUCCAAGCACACGUCACGUACGUUUUCGCUUUUUGUAGGGGAAUUGGAAAUAUCAGAUGCCUUUACGAACGGAAGAUUUAGAUAAGGCAAUAGCUGAACAUUCCAUAAGGUGUGGAGGAAAUAAGUGCGAGUCUAAGAGAGGGCAUUGCAAAUUAUAUGCUCGAAAUAUAAGCAUUGGCCAACAUCGGCAUUGUUGCCUAACAUUCAAAAUAUAAGGAUUUGUAUGGGAAAAAACCUAUCGUUUCCGUAACCUACGAAAACGAAAAACAGCUUACCUUAAAUAAAAUGUGUGUUACGUCUCUCCCGUGUGGUCCAUGGGCAGAUUUAUGGCCGUUUUAUGGGUUGUACUGUAAACGGUUUUCUCUAUAUAUAAAGGUUUACCUAUAUACCACACAUUUAACAUAACAUAACACUCAUUUUAUGUAAGGUGAGCUGUUUUUUACUGAAAUCCUCUCAUUUUCGUAGGUUACGAAAACGAUAGGUUUUUCCCAUACAAAUCCUUAUAUUUCGAAUGUUACGCAACAAUGAAGAUGUUCGCCGAUGCUUAUAUUUCGAGCUUGGGCUACCUGUGAUUCUACGUGGGCGCUUUGACUGAGCAUAUGUGCAUUAUUUUUUCCUCUUGUUUCACACAUUUGUGAGUGAAAACACUCUGUUGGCCAGUUUCGAAUUGCUUAAAUUCAUAGUUGGCUCCAGGGCUCCGGCUGAUGGCAAUAAAACAAACGGAAAUGGAUCAUUCAUCCCUGAAUCUCAAAUAAUGCCUCCUCUUCUGUUUUUUACUCCUCAGCCUCGGUGCCAAGAAUUUCAAACUGCUUCUCCUUUUCUGAUUGGCUUAAAUACGCUUAACAAACUUACGCUGGGCAAAUUUGAAUAACCAAAAGCAAGAGCCGAUUACCUGCCAGAAGGUAUGGGAUGAGGGCGACAACGAUCGAAGGUCAAAACGCUUUAGCUCAAAUGCUGUGCUUUAUGUAAAUUUCACGUGAUAGAUGAUAAAAACACGCGUGAUUAAAUUACAAGUGAGGGAAGGUGUACUGUCGCACUUUGUAAUAAUAAUACCUGUCGCACUUUGUAAUAAAAUUGUCACACUUUGUAAUACAUGUCGCACUUUGUAAUAACACUUGUCGCACUUUGUAAUAAAAAAGCUGUCGCACUUUGUAAUAACAGACCAUCGCACUUUGUAAUAAAAAAAGCUGUCGCACUUUGUAAUAACACUUGUCGCACUUUGUAAUAAACUUGAAAUAGAUGGUCGGAGGACAAGUAAACCCAGUAAUUAGCGUCAUCAUGGACAACAACAACAACGACAAUAAAAAUGAUAAUAAUAAUAAUAAUAAUAAUAAUAAUAAUAAUAAUAAAGUAAAAACUUGCAAGAGGUGACAGGCCGCACAUCUUCACCGGCGUGAAACCUUUCAAAACCUUUUACAUAUUGCUCCAUUGAGGAGAACUCUUUCAGGGAUCUUAUAGUUUAAAAUUUGAACCAUGAUAUAGCUUAUAUAUAACGGACCAAGAUACGGCUCGGUACAGUUUAUGUUCAGCAAGGGAAAAUUGUGUAAGUUGAGCAAAACCUUUAAAAUGUACAACAGACAAUUUGUUCAGUUCGCGCGUAUUCAUGUUGAAUUUGUGGCCCGUUUAUUAGAUUUGUCUACUCAAAAAUAUAAUAAUUUUCCCAUAGCUGCUGUAAUCUUAGGGUAUCUGCUUUUAAUAUCUCCGUAAAGUUUAGGUUUACGCGAUCUCAGAGAACAAUGUUCAGCUGUACACAGCACGUAGCCUUUAAAUAUAUCCAGAUCUAACACUGGUUUUGUGUAUUUAUCACAAUGAUGCCUUUUCAUGUAGGUUCCAGCGUAUUCGAAAUUUCCACAACAUUCAUUAGUAGUGGUCAUCGUGGCACAAUGACGUGA